CACCGGAACAAACAGAGCACAAUACCGCCAGCAAAGCAAAGCGAAGCGACGCAGCUGCACUGCAAUAUACUUCAUAACGACACACAGCGACACAUCAGCUUGAAAAUGAGCUACAACACACGCGUAUCUUCUGAAAUGGCAAACGAAAUCUCCAGCGAGAUCUUUGACUUUGAAGCACAACACUGCGCCCUGGUGGAGAAGAGAAUGCAAGAUGAGCGUCCGCAGAAGGUGGGCUGGGUGGGAGACAACGGUCUCGAGUUGCGGGUGUCCGGCUAUGUGCGCUCCAUGAGACAGGCAGUGACGCUGGUCCUGGCCCUGGAGAAGAUGAAGAGACCGCACAGGAAAGCGAUCGGGUCCGAGUUUUCCGACAUAGACCUGCUGAACAUCUUGAUGGAGCACGUGAAUGAAGAGCACGUGAUGCUGGAGGUGAAUCCCGACUUGGAGAGCUCCGACUUGGAGAGCUUUGAGACCGAGCUGAGACGGCGCCGCUCCGACGAGCCCCACUCGAUAAGCGACUCGGAGAAGAAGGGCUGGGUGAUGAACGAGCUGGAUGGGCGCCCCGUGGAGCUGACAGCCAGCAUGCUGCAGGGCCCCAACAUCUCACAGCAAGUGACUCUGAGCCUCUCCACCUACAUACCGCAGACCCAGCCCGGAUUGGGGCAACCCGUGGUUCUGGGCAUCGGGGGCAAUAAUUACUUCCUGUCCUGCAACAGCCCACACAACUCACCCGUCCUGGAGCUUGAGAAGGUGCAGAAUCGGGAUGAUUUGAAGACGAUCAGCCUGAGCAGCGACGCGACCCGGUUCCUGUUUUACAAGCGAGACAGUGGCAGCACCUCCACUUUCGAGUCGGCUCGGUUCCCCGGCUGGUUUAUCAGCACCGCCAGGAACGUGGACCGCGUGAGAGUGGCCAUGUGUAACGGGAGAGUGUCCGCAGGGCGCGUCACCGACUUCCAGGUGUCGCGCAUUUGACGGGAGGGGCGCGACACGGAGCGACCCACACACCAAACCAAGCGUUAUUUGGUUUAAAUCUAUAUAUAAUGUAUGUACCAAGUACAUCUCUUUAUAAAAGAAAACGGUAAACACAUUGGUGUUCGGUUACCAAUUUCAGGUAGAAGGGGCAUACUUGUCCUACAAAAACAAAACAAUUAUUAUUAUUAUUAUUAUUAUUAUUUGUUUGUUUAAAGGAGGCGUUGCACGGGUUCAGGGGUUUCAAAUUUAGUGACACGGGUGGGGAACUGGUCGGUCAUCCGAAUUGACGGUUACCUCCUCUUGAAGAGACCGUUUGAACAGCCGUUCAGUGCCUCCUGCAGCUUUAAUGAGAUGACGCAUUUGGGCAAUUAACCCUUUCCGGCAUGACAUAUUAAAAAUAGGGGAGCGGAGGGGAUAAAGACGAGUUUUUAUAGGUAGCCCUUAAUAAUCAGCAAGGUCAUUUGUUCAAUUAAGUAUUUCAGAGAUCAUUUUGGAACAAAAAUCCGAACGCCAGCGUGGAGCUGGUUUGAACCAGAGCCUCGCUUAAUGGGAUCAACGACUUCCAUCCUUGAGAAACGUGCGAUUUAAGGGUUACCUGUCAAACCAGCUGGACUGUGGCUCUCCGGGAGCGGGGGCUGGACACCCCUGUGCCCGCCGUGCCAGAAAGGGUUUUAAUAGCUGAUUUCUACAACCGUUUAAAAUCAUAUUUUUAAAAAAAAAAACUGCAAGCGACGUCUUGUCAAGACACGUUCUUCGCUUUUUUAAAAAAAAAAUUGAUUUUACGGGAUGUACCAAGUUGGGGAGAAAGGAGGGGGGGGGGGCAGUUAUUAAUGUAAUGAAUUCAUAU